AUGACGGAUAAAGAAAAGAUGGAAGCUGGAACAGCUGCAGAGGUAAACGCCAGCGAUUUCAGGAGCGUAAAGCUCUCUACGUUCUGGAAAGACGACCCCAAGCUAUGGUUCGCCAUGCUGGAAAAAGAAUUUUUGGCGUACGAGGUGAGGUCUGAUGUGGUAAAAUGUGUAUCAGUAUUACGACAUUUGGACAGGAAUAUCAUCAGAGUCGUCGCAGACAUAAUCUCAGCCUCAGAGUGCGAGGAUUCGUACAGACGGAUUAAAGAAGCGCUGAUAGAGCGGUUGGCGUCGUCUGAGGAGACACAGCUUCGCCAGCUUCUUACAGGGAUCAAGUUGAACGGACGGAAGCCGACAGAAUUGUUGCGGGAGAUGCAAUUGCUCGCCGGUGCAAAGGUUAGUGCAAGCGUUUUGCAAACGCUAUGGCUUCAGCGUUUGCCCACGCGGGUGCAAGAACUCCUGGCUGUGGUUGAUGACGCAGCAUUGGAUAAGUUAGCAGCAUUAGCGGACAAAAUGAUCGAAAGAUCGCCGUUUCCGGAAGUGGUAGCCAUUACGGAAAGCGAGCCAAAUACGCAUCGUGGAACAGCACCGCAAGACCCAGAAGCCGCAGCCGAGGCCGAUCCUUUAAGAGACGUAGCUCCUCCCGCGGAAGAAGCGCUGAUCGUUACCACCAAACUAAGAGACCAGAUUAUUGUUUUUAUCAUAGGAAGUUUGGAGAGCGAUCAUUUAAAUGCUCUCAGCCCUGCAGCUGGACAGAACCGGACGCGCGUUCGAAGCAGGAAAACUAAACAGGUCGUGGCAAGUGGAGACGGUUGCUGA